UGGGUGCUUUGGAUAGAAGAUCUUUGCAAAAGAUACGGCAAUGACGUCAGUGGACUCGACUCGACUCAGUGAUGGCACUUCACCCAAACUUUUUCAAGAGCCACCAUGGCAGACUGUCGCUUGGCUACUCUAUCGAUACCGUAAAGGGACAUCAAACACAGCACCAUGAGGAGUCAGUUGUGUCAUCUAUUGCUUUCCCUUGCCGUUGCUUUUGGCAUCCUGUCAUUUGGCCAUGGCUGGUCUCUUCCUAUUACUACAACGCCACAAGAAAGCAGCAGCCGCCGCGCCUUUGUCUUACAGCAGGCCGGACUACUGGUAACAGCUUCUUCAGUGGCAGUUUCCCAGCCGGCAAACGCAUACGGAGAGUCCGAACCUGGCGCCAAGGCUCGAAAGAAAGCGGCGCAAGAAAGGAAGAAUGCAGCCAGUGCAUCCUCCAGUAGUAGCAAUAAGCCCAGUAGUCCCACUGUUCAAGCAGAUGAUCUGAAAGGAGCCUUGGGUGAUUUCUCUUAUGGCAGCAGUAGCAGCACGGGCAAGAGCAAAAAGUAAUAGGCCAUCUUGGAAGACGGUUCAGCUUGCAGUCGGGCUGUCUCUGGCUAGCUAGGUUCUAACAUGUAACUUCAAUGCAGCUUUCUGUCGC